AUGUCUCUCCGACUGCUGGCAAAGGCGACCCCGAGGCAGGGCAUCCGUGCAAGCUCUCGCACCCUGCACUCAUCUGCUCUGCGUCGCAACGAGGCUGGAGGCUUCGGUAACAUCCUCGCAGGUGGACCCGCUCCCCCAGUGCAAGUCAAGACCAUAACAGAUGAAGGUAUCGAAUUAGCAGACGGCCUCAUCCUCCCCGGCGCGUCCAUCUUCUUGGACGGCAAGGUUUUCCUGUGGGAUGUCCCGCAGAAGCAGUGGGAAGGCUGGGAUAAGAAGCACUUCGAGAUAUUCGAUGUCGCGGUCCCAAAACCAGAGCUUUUGCUGUUUGGAACUGGGAGAAAGGUUGCAUUCGUGCCGCCCAUGCUCCGUCAGCAUCUCAGCUCAAUGGGUAUACAAAUUGAUGUAAUGGACACUUGGAAUGCAUGCUCGACCUACAAUAUGCUGGCUGAGGAAGGUCGACACGUAGCUGCGGCUCUCUUGCCACUGGGUGCAACUGCCCAGCCGUGGCGAUCUACACCAUCGCAAUGA